AGAGCUCCAUGCACGUGCACAGGUGGGACAUGUGUGCAUGCAGCCCUGCACAUGUGCACACAUGGGACAUGGAUUUACACAGCUCCACGCGUGUGUGCACGGGUGGGAUGUGUGUGCACACCGUGCAGCCCCAUGUGACGGACAGGCUCCCUGGGCGCUAGCGCUGCUCCCACUCGUGGCAGAGCAGAGCACGUGGGGGCGCCCGGGGCGCCGCUGACCCCCCCGCAGCACCAUGAACACGGCGCAGGGCACCGUGGGCAGCGACCCCGUGAUCCUGGCCACCGCCGGCUACGACCACACCGUGCGCUUCUGGCAGGCGCACAGCGGCAUCUGCACCCGCACCGUGCAGCACCAGGACUCCCAGGUGAACGCGCUGGAGAUCACGCCGGACCGCAGCAUGAUCGCGGCGGCGGGCUACCAGCACAUCCGCAUGUACGACCUCAACUCCAACAACCCCAACCCCGUCAUCAACUACGACGGCGUGAGCAAGAACAUCACCUCGGUGGGCUUCCACGAGGACGGCCGCUGGAUGUACACGGGCGGCGAGGACUGCAUGGCCCGCAUCUGGGACCUCAGGUCCCGUAACCUGCAGUGCCAGCGCAUCUUCCAGGUGAACGCUCCCAUCAACUGCGUCUGUCUGCACCCCAACCAGGCCGAGCUCAUCGUGGGCGACCAGAGCGGCGCCAUUCACAUCUGGGACCUCAAGACCGACCACAACGAGCAGCUGAUCCCGGAGCCCGAGGUCUCCGUGAACGCGGUUCACAUCGACCCCGAUGCCAGCUACAUGGCGGCCGUCAACAGCUCGGGCAACUGCUACGUGUGGAACCUGACGGGCGGCAUCGGCGAGGAGGUGACCCAGCUCAUCCCCAAGACCAAGAUCCCGGCGCACAACCGCUACGCGCUGCAGUGCAAGUUCAGCCCCGACUCCACGCUCUUGGCUACAUGCUCUGCCGAUCAGACCUGCAAGAUCUGGAGGACCUCAAACUUCUCCCUGAUGACAGAGCUGAGCAUCAAGAGCAACAACCCCGGGGAGACGUCCCGGGGCUGGAUGUGGGACUGCGCCUUUUCCGGGGACUCGCAGUACAUCGUCACGGCUUCCUCGGAUAACCUGGCCAGGCUUUGGUGCGUGGAGACGGGGGAGAUCAAGCGGGAAUACAGCGGCCACCAGAAGGCGGUUGUCUGCCUGGCGUUCAACGACAGCGUGCUGGGCUAGCGGCCGCGGGAGGGACGAGCGCCUGCUCGCAUCCCCUCCCCGCGCCGACCGGCCCCCUCCUGCCGACGGGGACACCUCGAGCCCAGCGGGAGCAGCCGCCUGCGCCUGGAGCCAGCCCAGCUCAGCUCGUAGCUCCGAGCUCGCAGCCGGGACGUGUCGGACCUCCGAGGGGCUCCACGUGGACUAAAGAGAAGGGCUGGGGGGCCAGUGCCCAUCCCCGGGCACAGCUUCACCCUGUCCUUGUACCGCACGGGGAAACAUCAGCUUUCUUGCACGGCGCAGGGGCCGAACCGGGAAAGAGCAAGGGCAGCCGGGCUCUUGUUUUGCAAUCCCUUUAUUCAGAGCGCGGGUCAGGGACUGGCUCCGGGUUCGGUCGGCAGCCCCGGGCGGCCGCUAAGCUCGCGUGGCCGGAGCCCCGGCUGCC